AUGGGCGCGGAGCGCAGGGCGGCGGCGCCGGCUCCCCGCGGCUGCGCCUGCGGCGGCGGCGGCGGCAGCUGGCGGCUCUUCCUCGGUUUCUUCGCGCUGUCGCUGGCGCUGCACGUCCUGACGCUGGGCUGUUACCUGGAGCUGCGCUCCGAGCUCCGCCGCGACCGCGGCCCGCAGCCCGCGGCCCCGCCGCGCCGGGACGGGACGGCGGCAGCGCCCGGAGCCCCGGCCGGGGGCCGCCCGCAGCGCGCGGCCGAGGGCGCGGAGCGGCGCCAGCAGCUGGCCUUGCUGAACUUCUUUCACCCUGAGGAGAAGCUGCACGUUGGAGAAGAAGGGAGACGCGUGCGUCGGAAUAAAAGGAGUAAAGGCAGCGAAGGGCCCGACGGUCCAAGUUCAGUGAAAAACAAGAAAAAGGGUAAAAAGGCUGGUCCUCCAGGGCCCAAUGGUCCCCAAGGGCCACCAGGGCCUCCUGGGCCACAGGGUCCCCCUGGCAUUCCCGGCAUCCCUGGGAUUCCAGGCACGACCGUCAUGGGACCACCCGGCCCCCCCGGCCCACCAGGCCCUCAGGGACCACCUGGAGUGCAGGGCCCCUCAGGUGCCACAGACAAGGCCAGCUCCAGAGACAUCCAGCCAGCUGUGGUCCAUCUCCAAGGCCAAGGCUCAGCAAUCCAAGUGAAGAAUGAUCUUUCAGGUGGAGUCCUCAAUGACUGGUCUCGCAUCACUCUGAACCCCAAGGUGUUUAAGCUGCAUGCCCGCAGUGGGGAGCUGGAGGUACUGGUGGACGGCACAUACUUCAUCUAUAGUCAGGUAGAAGUCUACUACAUCAACUUCACUGAUUUUGCCAGCUACGAGGUGGUGGUGGACGAGAAGCCCUUUCUGCAAUGCACUCGGAGCAUCGAGACCGGCAAGACCAACUUCAACACCUGCUACACGGCCGGGGUGUGCCUGCUCAAGGCCAGGCAGAAGAUUGCUGUGAAGAUGGUCCACGCUGACAUCUCCAUCAACAUGAGCAAGCACACGACUUUCUUUGGGGCCAUCCGCCUGGGAGAUGCACCCGCAUCCUAGAGAGGAACUUGGCGUGGCCAAGGACACCCACGGAACUGCACAGUGCUGCUGUUCAUAAAGCGUAUCAGUAUUUCAGGGGUUCUGUAAUCCGGCCAUAAAGGAAACUGAUCCAGAGCUAUUUAUUCCUAUAUGUGAAUGCAGGAAGCACAAUUGUCCUCUGUGACUCGCGGGGAGACUCGGAUCAAACCAAAAAAGCUGGUGGGGAGAGCGUUGUGAGGAGGGAAAGGCUGUUGGGUGUGCCUUGUCUCAGUAUUUCAAAUAUUACUGCACUGAUACUCUGCUCUGUGACCUUCACACGAGGCUUGGUGGGAGAGCUGGGGGCUCUGCUCGGAUGUUGCACUGGCAAGAGCAUCCCAGGAGGGAGCGGGAGGACACGGACUCCUGUCCCAAAAUCCCAGCCAGGCUCCUGCUUGUGCACGCUAACCACAGCCAGGAGGGGGGUUCUGGCUCCCUGCCUUCCCAGGGGGAGCUGGAAGGGCUGGGGGGCGAGGGGAGGUGGGUGAGACAGGGUCAGUGGUGUUUACAUUCAUCCUCAGGAGGAGGAGGAGGAGGAGGAGGAAAAGUGCCUCGACCUAGAGCUUGGAAGCAAAAGCAGGAAGUGCGAGAGGAAGAGGAAUAACUAGAGCAGGCUUAGCAGAUAGGAAACUGCCUCCACAUUCCAGAAAGCACCAAAUCCCAAAGAAAACGCCGAUUCCCGGGUCCAGGCCUCUGCUCCUUGCAGCUCCUGCCCUUACCCCAGAGGUAACCUUGCCCCAGCGGGGGCUGCCUUCAAGUACUGCUGCUGUUACAGCAAGUUGAGUUGGGUUGGGGGUAUUUUGGUUUUGGUUUUUUUGUUGUUUUGGUUUUUUUUGUUGGUUUAUUUUUUUUUUGGGGGGGGGUGUUUUGUUCUUUUUAAUUAAUAUUUUGCAAACCAGAACACAUUUCUACAGGCUUCACCGAGCCACGUAGAGCAGCCACAAGUACUUGUGACAACACUCGGAGGAAGUUUGUUAUGUUUAAGAAUAAAAUAUUCAAACAGGA